AUGUACAUCCAUUUCUCAAAAGUCAUUAACGGCACUCAGAGAUUUGAUCGACAUAGUAACGUCAUGAUCGGGAUUUCGUCUCUGAUGUUUCUCAUUGCAACUUUACAUCUGACAAUAAAUGCUUAUCGGAUGGUAGCGGGUUAUGUUGACCAUGCCUUGCUGCAAGGAGGUGCAGUGGCAUAUAUGGGUGACUUGAGAUCAUGGCACUAUAUCCUCAAAGACACUCUCUAUGCUACACAGGAAAAUCUCGGUAGCGCUGCCGCAAUCUACCGCUGCUGGGUCCUUUGGGGCCACAACUGGAAGAUCAUUCUUUUCCCUUCAGUACUAUUGAUUGUAAACAUUGUUGCCGGCUACAUGGUAUGCGGACUGUAUGGUACUGUUUCUCCCACCAAUAACAUAUUUGAUCCCCGCUUGACCACCUGGAUCAAGAUAUUCUUUCCGCUUACUGUAGCCUUGAAUGUCAUCACUACCUCCCUCAUGAGCUACCGAAUUUGGUGCACCCACCGCCAAACAUCCUUGUAUACCAGCGGUAACAGCCAACUCAUCUCUGUCAUGAGGAUCCUUGUGGAGUCAGCAGCUCUACAGCUUGUUGUAGAAAUUAUCCUCCUGGCUCUGUAUAGUUCUGACGUCAACGCACAGUAUAUCGUACUUGAAAGUAUCGCUUCAAUCGUGGGUAUCACAUUCAACGCUUUGACUAUCCGUAUCAAGCUACAUUCUAUUAGUACGGCAGGAAGCGGACACAGCAUGAGCUUUGAUGGAGCAACACAAACCAUUGGCAGACUACCUAUGCGUCGUAUUCAGGUCAAUAUUUCUAGAGAUGUUGAAGAAACGGAAGAUAAUAUUAGUACUUUAAGUUCCAAAUAG